GAAAGAGCGCUUGUUGAAGAUUGCCAUCACAACCAUCGAUCUAGUCGCCCCCAAUGGCUCUCCUUUUUUUUUUUUUUCUUUUUUGGUCGCACAGCCCAAUGCUCGCGACAAGAAGGGUCAUAGCGCAAUGCUCGCGACAAGAAGGGCCACACUGCUCCUCAUUUCCUCUCAUCCCCUCAUUCGCCAUCCCUUCAUCCUCGACUUCUUCCCUCAUUCGAGUUCCAGCAGCUGCCACUAUGGUCUCGCUCUCAAAGCACUCUCGACUCUCUCGUCGCUCCAACAGCGUCAGUUCCCCGCUUCAAGUCCCUGAACUCCUCGAGCAGAUCCUCCUUCACCUCAGCCCCGAUACCCUCCGUUCCAGCUGCCUCCACGUCUCUCGCCAAUGGUUCCGCAUCGCCUGCACCCUCCUCCAGAGACCUCUCGGUUGGGCCGCAGCAAGAUUAAGUUCUUACUAUAUUCGCAAACGUCUAAACCCACACAAAGUCUUCCUAAGACUGCCUCUGGCGCGCUCUUUCACAAUUGCACACUCCUACUGGCCCAGUGAUGAACAGAAUCCACCAGAAGUCUGGCUUGAACUACUACACGAAAUCAGGAUGCUGUCAGCAGAAGAGCGACUCCGCAUCAAGGAGCUAUCCAUCUGGGAGUACCUGUCCUUCCAUACACAACUGGUGCCACUGCUGGCGUGUCUGGGCCCGUCGCUGACGAGUCUUAGCAUCGUGAUGUCUGCACGAUCGGACUGUAUCCCCACCAAGAUUGUGGAACUCUGCCCUAAUCUCUGGGCACUGCACAUCCAAGCGCGCGGCCGAUCUGAAGUCCUGGAGGAAGCGGAUGAAUGGCCAGUUCUGCCUUGUUACUUGCCUCUACGGUCCCUCAAGCUGAUGCGCACGGAUGUACCGGGAAAGACCCUUCUCUGGCUACUGCACAGUUGCCCUGACUUGGACGAGCUAUGCAUCAUCGAUCCCGUGGUUCCUCCUUCCGAUCCUGACCGACCCAUUAUGCAGUAG